GAAUUAACCCCCGAACCGCCGCGAGCUGUCCCUACCUGUGUCUUAGCCAGGGACCUGCUUGGCCAGCGACAGAUCCCUUGCUGCUCUGUCUUCCGGUUCUUGAAGUGAAUGUCGGAAUCCAUUAUCUUUCGGGAAAACUCUCUGGGGCAGGUCUUACCAGCUCUUCUGAACCACCGGAAAGGACAGUCCACAGCACCUGGCGUCCUCGGCAUUCCUGGGCAGGACCCGUCCCCACCCGAGCCCUCCCGCAGCUCCUAGGACUGUCGUCUUCGCAGUCAGCACGUCCGCGCGCGUCAACCGUUUGGACUCUGCGAUGCCCCUGCCAGGUCUGAGCCGGACCCGCCCCGCUCCUGCGAGACACGACCCGCGCCUGCCACAGAGCUGCGGUCCUCCGGGCUCCUAGAGGGGCGGCCCCCCCCCCCCGCCCUACUUCCGGCGCGCAUGCGGCCGGGAGUUGUUCUCUCUCCCGGGGGUGGGUGCCCGCCGCCGGUAGAGCGAAGGGAGCGUCCUGGGGAGUUGGAAUUCAGAAGGAAUCUCUCAGACGCAAAUCUCCAUCUCCUCCCUGCCUCACCUGGGCAGUCUUUUCAGACUGUCUCUGCCCAGAAUGUCAGGAGAGGCCACAGUCUUGGCCUACCAUGCUCCAGAAGAACAGGAAGGACUUCUAGUUGUCAAGGUUGAAGAAGAAAAUUAUGUUUUGGGCCAGGACUUUGGCCUUCAGGGAAACCCCUGGAGCCAAGAGGUAUUCCGGCAGAAGUUCAGGCAGUUUAGUUACUCUGACUCCACUGGCCCUCGGGAGGCUCUGAGCCGGCUGCGAGAGCUUUGCUGUCAGUGGUUGAGGCCGGAGGUGCACUCCAAGGAGCAGAUCCUGGAGCUGCUGAUGUUGGAGCAGUUCCUGGCCAUCCUUCCUGAGGAGCUGCAAGCUUGGCUGCGAGAGCAUCGGCCAGAGAAUGGAGAGGAAGCCGUGACUAUGCUGGAGGAGCUGGAAAAAGAACUGGAGGAGCCAAGGCAGCAGGACACAACUCAUGGCCAAGAAAUGUCCUGGCAGGAAAUGACAUCCACAGGAGCACUGAAGUCUCUGAAUAGCCCGGUGCAACCCUUAGAGAACCAGUGCAAGACUGAGACUCAGGAGUCCCAGGCUUUCCAGGAGAGAGAUGGCAAGAUGGUGGCUGGCAAAGUGUUGAUGGCGAAGCAAGAAAUUGUUGAAUGUGUAGCCUCAGCAGCUAUGAUAUCUCCAGGAAAACUUCCUGGAGAAACACCUUCCGAACAGAUAGCUGAAGAAGCUUUGGGAGGUCUGGACAACUCUAAGAAGCAAAAGGGAAAUGCUGCAGGGAACAAAAUCAGUCAGCUUCCUUCCCAGGACAGACAUUUCAGUCUGGUAACCUUCAACAGAAGAAUCCCCACAGAACACAGUGUACUUGAAUCUCAUGAGAGUGAAGCAAGUUUCAGUAUGAAUUCAAAUGAUAUUACACAACAGAGAGUUCACACUGGGGAAAAGCUCUAUGAGUGCUUUGACUGUGGGAAGACCUUUUGCCAGAGCUCAAAGCUGAUUAGACAUCAGAGGAUUCAUACUGGAGAGAGACCUUAUGCAUGUAAAGAAUGUGGCAAAGCCUUCAGUUUGAGCUCAGACCUUGUUAGACAUCAGAGAAUUCAUAGUGGUGAAAAACCCUAUGAAUGUUGUGAAUGUGGAAAAGCCUUCAGGGGCAGUUCAGAGCUCAUCAGGCAUCGGAGAAUCCACACUGGAGAGAAGCCUUAUGAAUGCGGAGAAUGUGGGAAAGCCUUCAGCCGGAGCUCAGCCCUUAUUCAGCAUAAGAAAAUUCACACUGGAGAUAAAGGCUAUGAAUGUAUUGCAUGUGGCAAGGCUUUUGGUAGGAGUUCUAUCCUUAUUGAACAUCAAAGAAUUCACACUGGAGAGAAACCUUAUGAAUGUAAUGAAUGUGGAAAAUCCUUCAAUCAGAGCUCAGCCCUCACCCAGCACCAGAGAAUUCACACUGGAGAGAAGCCUUAUGAAUGUAGUGAAUGUAGAAAAACAUUUAGGCAUAGGUCAGGCCUUAUGCAGCAUCAGAGAACACACACCAGAGUUUAACUCUGUGGGUAAGAGUUGUACAAUUGUGAAAUGCAAGGAGUUCACUGUAGGGGUGAGACUCCACAGAAAAGUUAAGUUUCCUGAGAGCAGAACUUCUGUCCUUCCAACCCAGUUCGGUACUAUAAGAAGACAUCCACACAAAGAUGUUUGUUAUGAUUAUUGAAGUGUUAAAUGGAAGAAAAAUUUUACCCAAGUCUUCUCCAAAAAGAAUGGUAGAUAUUUCCUUGAAAUGCCUAACCCUUUUCUGGAUGAGACUCAUCAAUAUCCCCGUCACUCCACUCCCUGCCAACUCAGAUAUAAUUUCCAUUGGGCACCUUCACAGUAAUGCCAGGAUUGGGGCAGAGAUCCUGAAAGAGCUUCUUAUAAGAUGGCAAAUGUGCCUGGCAAGAGCAUUUGUAUUUUGGCAGGUGGAGGCAUGUGCUGAGAGUUAUUGAACUAUCUGAAAUGUUGAAUUGAGAGGUAGUGAAAAUAUUGAAUUAUGCUAUUAGUUUAAUAAUAUCUGGGGCAGUAAAAUAGUACCUGAGGAAUGGUGCCUCAUUCUGCCCCCUUGCCAGUUGUCUCCUCAAUCCUGAGCUUCCUGCUGAGGUUAAUUCAGGUCUACUUGUUUACUGAGCACCUGCUAUGUGCUAGGCGUUGAGGUAGACAUGGUCAUUGCCCUCCCAGAGUUAAGGACUAAUAGGAUAUGCAUAUAUACUAAACAGUAAUUACAGUAAAGUGUGGUAUGUGCUUUGGUAGGAAAAAUGCGGGUUUCCACCAAAGUACAUGGCAGGGAUACCUAAAUCUGGUCUAUGAGUCACUAAAGACUUCCUGGAUAUGAUAGUAUCUCAGACGUAAAGGUGGGUAGAAGGCAGCAAGGGCAGGGGAGAAGAGAACAGGAUCUGGAGACACUCCAUCAAGACUCUUCUCUACUGCAGAAAUUGUCAUAGACCUAAUUUUAAAAAAAAUGAAUCUGAGGGAGUAAUUCAACAAAUAUUUAUUGCCCUCAAGUAUAACAGCUCAGGGUCUGCAAGCCUGGUAAGGAGGGGUGUGGGCAGGGAAUGGGGAAUAGCAGAGCCUGGAAAGGCAGAUCACUGUGUUCCUUUAUGCUUCCCACUUCCUGAGUCCCAGAGUCAUGGGACACAAACACUCCAGUCCCCACUGUCUCUCUAGCCUCUGAUAUGCAUUCUUUCCCUGUGUGUAUACAUGCCUUUUCCCAUAAAAUGCACCAGAGUCUCUCACCACACUAAUUCUGAGCACUUCAGAGUCUCACAGGUCAUUCUGGGUCUAGAAUAGGCUCCCCAACUCAGUGAUUAUAAGUAGGAAGAGGAAAACUAACACAUGGGGAUUCUGAGCCAGGCUUUAUGACAACUAAUUCCUGCUGGAAAGAAGAGUCCUGAUGAUGGGCUGUCUCCAGAUCCUAUCUUAUCUUCAUACCAUUAUAUGGGCUAUAACCUCUGCCUGUAACUCUGCUAAUUUUUAUUUUGGCAGUUUUAAUUAACCCACAAUUGCUGAGGGCAAUUAAUACCUAAGAGAAAGUUUGAUUCCUCUUCUAAGAUAUCCUUCUAGAUAGUGUCAUUUCUAAAGACGACUUGGUGAUCACUGCUUGUAUUAGUCCAUUUUCACAGUGCUAAAAAGAUUCUACCUGAGACUGGGUAAUUUAUUUAAAAAAAAGAGGUUUAAUUGACUCAGUUCUGCAGGGCUGGGGAGGCCUCAGGAAACUUAAAUCAUGGUGGAAGGCGAAGGGGAAGCAAGCAUCUUCUUUACAAGAAAUGCCAGGCACUUAUCAAUCAUCCAGAUCUCAUGAGAACUCACUAUCAUGAGAACAGCAAGGGGGAAAUCUGCUCCCAUGAUCUAAUCCCCUCCCACCAGGACCCUCCCUCAACACCUGGGGAUUACAAUUGGAGAUUUGGGUGGGGACACAGAGCCAAACCAUAUCACUGCUGUUGUGGGUAAUAGGGGAGGUGAAAUUGCGGGGGACAAUUCAGCCUCUUUGUGUCCAGAGGUUGUGCAGUUAUCGAGUGAGGUCGAUCAGAAAUCUAAAGGGAUCCUUCAAAUGGAUAGUGAGUUGCCUUUUCCUAUAGGUGACAGAGAUUUAGUUUUAAAUAUCAUUUAAUAGGUUUUUCUCCUGAUUGUGAAUUUUAAGUGUUGGUAAUACGGAAAAUGAGAAAGUAUAAACCACCCCCAAUCCCAUUGCCCAUAGAAACAUUGUUAACAUUUUGGAGUACUUUCUAUUAGUGUUUAUUUUUCCCAAUCCUAGUAUUUUUAGUAAAACUACUGUUUAGUAAAUGAUUUUUGGUAACUAAUUUCAAAAUUUAUACUUCAACCAUUUAUUAUUUGAGUGUAAUGCAAGAUGUAUUGCAAUAAAACUUGAGUUUUAAAA